AUGAAGACCGCUAUUCUCGCCGCCCUCGCGGCCGCUCCUUCGGUUCUUGCGGCUGUCCAUGGCUUUAAUUAUGCAUCCCAGGGCCAGAGCUACGAGACCUUUGCUGCCCAGUUCAAGAUUGCCGCUAGUCUAGAGGGUGCCAGUGACUUCACCAGUGCAAGGCUGUACACUAUGAUUCAAGAGGGGACUCAAAACACACCCAUCUCUGCAAUCCAGGCCGCAAUCGAGACUAAGACCACUCUCCUUCUUGGUCUCUGGGCCUCUGUCGAUCAGACCGCUUUCAGUAACGAACUGGCGGCUUUGAAGAGUGCGAUUGAUCAAUAUGGCUCAGAUUUUGCCGACCUAGUCACAGGCAUUUCUGUGGGCAGCGAAGACCUCUACCGAAUUUCGACAAUCGGCAUUGCUGCCGAUAGUGGAGUUGGUCAAAGUCCUGAUGUUCUUGUGGACUAUAUCGGCCAAGUCCGGAAAGCCGUUCAAGGAACAAGCCUGGGAAGUAAACCUAUUGGCCACGUUGACACCUGGAACGUCUACGUCAACCAGUCGAACGCCGAGCUAGUUUCAGCAUGCGACUGGCUCGGUCUCGACGAAUAUCCUUAUUUCCAGACGACCGAUACCAACAAUAUAGAAAAUGCCGGCUCCCUGUUCUUCGAGGCAUACGACAAAGUGAGCGCAGUUGCUGGUGGCAGACCAAUCUGGAUCACCGAAGCCGGCUGGCCAACCUCUGGCCCAACAUCACACUUGGCGAUUGCGAGCACUGAUAACGCUGAAUCAUUCUGGCAAGACGUCUCAUGCGAGCUGCAGCGACGCAAUAUUGACUUUUGGUGGUACAUCCUUGCCGAUGGUGGUGCAUCACCCUCUUUUGGCGUUAGCGAGAAUGGCAAACCACUGUACGAUCUGUCUUGCAAAGCGAGCGCAAAGUCAAACUCGACCUCGUCUACCUCCAGCUCAUCUAAUUCCACAGCAACUGGAUCGUACGGCUCUAGCGGAUCACAAGGUGCAACGUCCUCGCGCAGCGGAAGUGCUGAACCUACUGGAUCAAGUCCCACUAGCGGUAAUGGUGCUCCCACGACUCAGGGUGCCGGUUCCACUCUCGCUACUUCGACACAGGCGGGCAAUGGAGCAUCCAGCAUUGGUUCGGGAGCCCCAGCAGCCUCGUUCACUGCUGCGGCCUCUCGCAUGUCCGGCUCGGUACUAGGAGUUGCUGCAGGCGCUCUUUUGGCCGUGUUCGCUCUUUAG